GUCCAUAAUUAAAACGUGAAGUUCCGAUUUCAUCAUCGAAAACAUUUGUGGUCACAUUUAUGUAUAUCAAAACGUCAAGUUGGAGAAAAUUCAAAUAACCCAAAACACAUCUUAGACCUGCCAUUAAACCAAGAUAUUUUAACUUAGGCGGCGUCAUCAUGAGAUGAUCUUAAACAUUACUGCCUUUCAACAGAUAUGUGUAUAAAUGCGUGAUCCGGUUACGCUGCUACUCUGCACUAAAACCCUCUCAUUAUCUGAAGAAAUUAGGCAGGCAUGGCCAAUAAAACCUCUUUCUUAACCUUCUCUAAUACUACCCUUUGGCUGGAUUCUGCAUCCACCCUAUCGAUAGUUGAACUCAAUACCAGCUAUUUGCUAACUAUUCUUGCAUCAAUAGUUGUACUUCUUCUCAUCAACUUUGGGGUGAAUACCCUUAAAAAACAGCCAUCUUUACCAGCAUCAUUUCCAUUACCUCCAGGACCAUCACCUUGGCCAAUUUUGGGUAGUAUACCAACUUUACUUCGAAAUAAGCCAAGAUACAAAUGGAUAUUAGGUCUAAUGAAAGAAAUGAAUACCGAAAUCGCAUGCAUUCAUCUUGGGAACGUUCAUAUAAUUCCCGUGACUUCUCCAGAACUAGCUCGAGAAUUCUUGCAGAAACAAGAUGCGGUAUUUGCAUCAAGGCCAAGAACAAUGGCCACUGAGCAUUUAAGUCGUGGGUUCUUAACUACUAGUGUUACACCAUGGGGAGACCAAUGGAAGAAAAUGAGAAGUGUAGUUACUUCGGAAAUGGUCAGUCAUGCUAGACUGGAAUGGCUUCUCGGGAAGAGAAAUGAGGAAGCUAACAAUCUUGUGUUCUAUUUACACAAUAUGUGCAGUACAAACUCGUUGAGUGGAGGCGAAGUGUUUAAUUUAAGAUUACUAACGAGGCAAUUCAGUGGGAAUGUAAUAAGAAAAAUGAUUUUCAACAAAAGGUAUUUCGGCAAAGGAAGAGAAGAUGGAGGACCCGGUAUUGAAGAGAUAGAGCAUGUUGAUGCAGCUUUUGAAGUCCUAAAAUAUAUUUAUGCUUUUGGCAUACAAGAUUAUUUGCCUUACUUGAGAUGGUUAGAUUUAGAUGGCCAUGAAAACAUUAUCAGGAAAGCCAUGGGGGUUGUGAAUAAGUAUCAUGAUCCAAUUAUUGAAGAACGCAUUCGACAAUGGAGCAAUGGAAGUACGAAGAACAAAGUUCCUGAAGAUUUGCUAGAUGUGCUUAUUUCGCUCAAGGACAAACAAGGGAAGCCAUUGUUAUCAGCAGAAGAGAUCAAAGCUCAAGCAGUGGAAUUAAUAAUUGCGACCGUGGAUAAUCCAGCCAAUACAGUUGAAUGGGCCAUGGCAGAGAUGAUAAAUCAGCCGGAUAUCCUCAUAAAAGCUACCGAGGAAAUCGAUAUGGUGGUAGGAAAGAGCCGUUGGGUCCAAGAAUCUGAUUUUCCGAAACUCAAUUAUGUAAAAGCUUGUGUUAGGGAAGCACUUAGGCUCCAUCCAGUCACGCCCUUUAAUGUUCCGCACGUAUCGAACUCAGAUACAAUAGUAUCGGGCUAUUUUAUUCCGAAAGGAAGUCAUGUACUAUUAAGUCGAACAGGAUUAGGCCGGAACCCUAGAAUUUGGCAUAAACCAUUAAACUUUAACCCGGAGCGUCAUUUAAUGUCAAAGGAUGAUGGAGUAGCUAAUGUGGAUCUCACGGAGCGGGGACUACGAUUCAUAUCAUUUACCAUUGGACGUAGAGGAUGUGUUGGUGGUGCACUUGGGACAGCAAUUACUAUCAUGUUGUUAGCUAGACUUAUUCAAGGGUUCGAGUGGAGUGCUCCGCCAGGCGAGUCGAUAAAUCUCUCGGAGUCGGCUAAUGAUCUAUUUUUGGCUAAGCCAUUAUUUGCUCAUGCCAAACCAAGGCUUCCUUUACAUAUUUACCCGGCUGAGUAAUCAAAUUUCGUUGGGUAGUGACAUUUACUUUAGAACUACGCUAAGAGUGGAAAACGUUUUCAAAUAGCUUGUAGUACUAGUAUGUAUUUGUAUUUCUCUUUGCUGCACUUAUUAUGUGCUCACCUUUUUGUAUUUUUUUUCCCCUAAUAGAAUCUCAAAAGAAACAGCUUGUGGUAGUCUCAA